AUGUUGUACGCCCGCUCGGCAACGGGAAUUGCGCCAUCAUUGAAUGCCCGCUUCAACUUGAUGGGGAAGAAGUUAGAGUUUGCGGGCGGGCGCAAAAAUAACCAGCUGCGGAACAAUGUGCUUUUGCCCAAGGGCACGCCGGGUGACUGGUAG